AAGGGCUCAGACUGGAGGAGUCACUGCACUCACUGUCGGUGACAGGGACAGCAGGGUUGUUCCCUGGGGUGAGGGGCGCCUGCCCAACUGGUGCUGAGGCUGGGUGGGCGUCGCUGGUGGGCAGACCCCUGGGCGGGGCCUGGGCAGGGUUACUGCGGGCGGGGCGAUGGUCCCGCCCCGCCCCGAGGAGGCGGGAGAGAAGCCAGAGCCUGGCCUCGGGCUGGGCGGUGCUGCAGCUCCCGCCGGCCGGCUUCGUCCAGCUUUGUCCUGCGGCCCCUUUUCCAGGCGGUCCUGGCCGCGCCCAGCUCCCUCCUGUCAUGCCGCCCGCGGGGCCCCGCGGGGCCGCGCCGCUGGCUGCUGUGGUCCUGCUGGUGCUGGGGACUCCUCUGGCGCUAGCGAGCGAAGACUGCUUGUGGUAUCUGGACCGGAAUGGCUCCUGGCAUCCGGGAUUUGACUGCGAGUUCUUCACCUUCUGCUGCGGGACCUGCUACCAGCGGUACUGCUGCAGGGAUCUGACCUUACUCAUCACCGAGAGACAGCAGAAACACUGCCUGGCCUUCAGUCCCAAGACCAUCGCAGGCAUCGCCUCUGCCGUAAUCCUCUUUGUUGCUGUGGUUGCCACGACCAUCUGCUGUUUCCUCUGUUCCUGUUGCUACCUGUACCGAAGGCGCCAGCAGCUCCAGAGCCCAUUUGAAGGCCAGGAGAUUCCAAUGACAGGCAUCCCAAUGCAGCCAGUAUACCAAUACACCCCGGACCCCAAAGCUGGUCCUGCACCUCCACAACCUGGUUUCAUGUACCCACCUAGUGGUCCUGCUCCUCAGUAUCCUCUCUACCCAGCUGGGCCCCCAAUCUACAACCCUGCAGCUCCUCCUCCCUACAUGCCACCACAGCCCUCUUAUCCAGGAGCCUGAAGAAACAGCUGUGGUUCUGUUAUCCCUUCCAUGAUGCCGUUUUUUUUUUUGGGAGAUUCCCCAUUCUGUACCUGCAUCCAGCCCUGGGGGUGGGCAUGGGUCUUCUAGUCACCAGGCCCCAGAUCAAGCCAAGUCUUGGGCCCUCCUGGGGACAGAGCCCCAGAGAAGUGGAGCGUGGGCUGAGCUGGAACCAGGCCGUCAGCGAUGGAUGGGUGGGAAGGGAUGGCUUGGGAUUCGUGAGCUAUUUUCACUGGGAGACAGGGAGUAAGGGGAGAGCCCGGGUCACGGCCUCUGUUGUCAGUGGUUCCUCUGCUGCCAGGAUCCCAAUCAGAAAGGCUGGGCCCCUCCUGUUUGCCCUCUUUGGGCUGAGGUGGAGACAGUGGGGGGCUCUAUCAACAGCUGGCCACAGCCCUUCCCUCUGGCUGCCCCACUGGCCAGAACUCAGGCCAGCUGGAUUAAAGCUGUAAUGGUAUAA